AUGCCCUCGCCGAAUGAUCGGCGUGGGUGUGGAGUCGAACUGCACUCGCAUAUAUGCAAGUCAUUGCCGUUGCACUCGAGCUUCUAAAUCCUCCGGUUUGCCAGGCUCGUUGUGCUCUCUGCCCUGUUUGAUUUGUCGAAUCCUUCCCCAUCGAGACACGAGGUACCUCGUACGGCUGGACGGACCGAAAGAUAUAAGAUGUCUCGCCCUCGGAUAUGCAUGGGCGACCUCAUGCCCUUUCUGAAGAAUCCAAUGUUGAUGAGUCGAUCGAUCGUGGUAUCGGAAAUCGACGACGACAUCUUCCACGUGACACUGCCCUCCGCCAAACUCGCCAAAUCACUCGGUUGCCUACUCGGAUCCACAGUCGACGCAGACAUCAGCAUGGGUCCCAACCGCAACACUCAGAGCAACGAUCUUCCAAAGCUAGAAUUCAACACCGUGCCGUCGAGAUCAAGUGGGGACUCCAUCUCCGAACGCUCCUACUCGGCAUCAUCCGGUAGAUCGUCAAGUGCCUCUCGAAAGCAGGCCGUCCAUCGUCGGGAUGCUGUACCAGAGCGACGUCCGUCCCCCGCUCUAAGCUGGCGUACCGAUGCAUCGGACAGCUUCUCCGCCAACACGACCCCGCCCAUCAAGCCAGAGGAGUACGCCGUGCGCCUCAAAUGCGCGUACCGCACGCCUGCCGAAAGCAAAGCCACAACCAGCGCGGAGACGAGCGGAGGACAAAGUCGACGUACGGCACGAGCAUCGCGAUGCGGCCCCAAUCCGUCCGACGCCGCAGAGCCGAUCCUCGUCACGCGCGGACCAGCAUGCCAGACGCUCAGAGUCUGCACGACCGAACAAUACAGCUGCCCCGCACGCCGCAGCUCCGCGAAAGCCGCAGCCGGCAUCAAAAGCCCAGCCUCAGUCGGCACUCGUAGACUCGGCCUGGCAUCUGCCCGACGACAUAAUCCCGGGUAUUGGAUCGACAAGCCCGCAGCCCACGCAGCGCUCCCGCGACCCUUCUCACGCCAUUGAGUCGAGAUUCCUGGCUCAGAUGGCCGAGAUGGCGGGCGUGAUCAAUCAGUUGCGCGGCGAGGUGGAGCAUCUAUCGUCGGUGACGAACCACUUGUCCCGGCGGGUUGUAUAGUGCAGGGCAAAUCUACGCCUGACGACAUUUUAUGUGAUGAUGAGAGAUGGUACGAGUUAUGGGAGAUGAUGGACGGUAAUGCGGUGGGUGGAUGUGGUUCUGUUGUGUAGUAUCGGCAGCAUCCAGAAUCGAACGUCUCCACAAAUCAAGAGAACGAAAAACCCGUGUGACGAAUCUGCAGC